GAUUUCUUUUUUUUUUUUUUUUCGUCGUUUCAAGGUAAAUCGUCGACCGUGAGCGAAAUCCACCUUGGGGGAACGCACCAAGUUCUCGGACUUCCUUUCCGUCUUCCUCCUCUCUCUCAUCUUCAUUCCCCACCUCAUCACGCUCGCUCGCCUCGGUGACACACUUCUGACUGAGCACUUUUUUUUCGACGUGUUUCACCUUCCUCCCGCGGGUUCAACGAUCCAUCCGAAACCGUGAUCCGUGUGCCUCGGCCAGCAUGAAUAGGAAGAGAAGAGGGGUCGGGCACCGCUAGUAGGACACCGUCCUCAAUAACUCGUCGAAAGUACGUGGCCGAUGAUAGUGGUGGUGUUGGUGGUGUCGGUGGACGCGUCGGUGAUCUUACGAAUGCUCUAUCGACCUGUAUACCAACGCUGUAUUGGUGUCUCAGUCGGAUGGACGCGGGCGGGCUCAUUAUAUUCGAAAAUAUAUAGCACCCGGAGCUGACGCGAACUCUCGCCCUCCUCUUCUUCUCCCCAUUCGGCCCCCUUGACAUAGGGGGGAGGAUGGGGUCCAAACAUGAAGAACGAAAACCUCUUCACCUCAAUUAACACCGGUAGCGCUGGUGAACGUCAGUAGAUAUGUAGUUGUAAUGGUGUAACAGUAGUGGUGAUCCGUAACCGGUAGUCAAGCACGCGAGUUGAUACAUAUGUACUCGUCCUCUUUAAUAUGUAAAGCGACGCUAGAUCGUGGAAUUAGUCUUAGUGGAGACCACUCUCUGUCGGUCUAAAAUUAAUGCGCCAUUUUUGGGCAGAAUUGACUUUUACAAUCUCGUGAUAUAAUAUGAUAAAAGAAUUUUUAAUGAAUUACUUGAAUAUCCUAGCGAUAUACAUUUGUUAAUCGCAGAACAAAUAUUAAUUUCAUCUAGAGAAUCUUUAUGGGUCGCUGCUCGGCUAAAUUUAGACAUCUAUUUAUUUUCCCAUUUCUAUUGACUCGCUUGUAAUUGUCGAAAGUUUCCCUUUUUACGGGACGUUUCCCUUCCCUCGACGACAGAAGCUUUAUCUCGUCCGCAUCGCGCGGUGAAACGAAACUUCCUGUGUUACGUUUACGCAAAAGAUCCCCGGAGAUAUCAUCGCGCUCUUGUUAACGUAUAUAUACAUACAUGUAUACAAUAUAUAUGCGUGUACGUGCUAAAUGCGUGCGUGAAAUAUAACAAUUCGCGGCGAUACGGUCGACGGGUUGCUCAUUGUUGCGGCCGUUUGACGUAGUAGUGGUAUAACAUAGUGGUAGUAGGUGCCCGAGAGAUGAGACGGGUAAACGGGCUGUCUCCUAGCUAGCUGGUACACAUUGUGCCAGUGGUUGGUCUACAACGGAGAGAGAGCAGACAGCGGUGCAGAUACCGGUGACGGAGGAAGUGGGCUUCAUUAAGUAGCGGUGGUGGCGUCGACGGUGGUGGUGGUGUUGCCGCUGCUGGUGGUGGUGGUUGCUGAUGAUAGCGCUGACGGUGGAGGCGGCAGCGGUGGUGGUGGUGGUUUGCUGCUCUUCUGCCGGUACACUGGUGGUGGUAUAGUGAGUGCACGGCAUAUUUCGCUUCUCUUUAUAAGAGUUCGCAGUAUCACGUAUCUCGCCGCUAUACUCUCACGCAGGCGAGAAGAGAAGAGGCGGCUAACACCUUCCUCCUACGUACUCGGACGUCAACUGUCAGAGGUGUCCGCGCGCGGACCUCAUUCUCGCUCACUGCCGGCGCGCGUUCCUCCUCUUUCGCGAUUUUCCUCUUCUCUUUCCUCUCCUUUUUUCUUCUUCUUCUUCUUUUUCUUCUUCUUGAUCCCCCUCGACUUCCGCAAAUGCCGUCCGUCGACCUAUCCGCCAACGUGAUCGCAUACGACGAAAAGUGCGUGUCCUCCUCGUCAUCGGCGCCGGUCGCCGCCACGUAAACGGGUUUUUUUUCUUUUCUACGGAGGAAUAAAAAUAUUAGUAUAGCGAAAACAAAUCUGCUGUGCGAAAAUCGUUCACUGCCCUGCGAUUUAAAUUUUCUGCGUGCGCGAACGAACACGGAAGAGGAAGAUCGCGCGUAAAAGAUUGCUCCGAAGUUUGUGCGAGCGUGUUCACAUUUUUUCAAACGUUUAUCACUGAUACUCUCUUCAAAUACCAGAAUGUAUCGCGUGCUACUUUUUCUCAUCUCCAUCUAUGGAAGCAUUCGCGGAAUGCAAUUCCCGAACAAAGGGGAUUUACCUCGUCAAUAUCAUCCGCGUUUCUUAAUGUACGAGGAGCCAUACAAUAUCGAGUUCAAGUACCACAAUUACGAGCAGAUGAGCCGCUUUCUUCGCGCGACGUCCCUUCGAUUUCAAAAUCUCACCGCUCUGUACUCGAUAGGAAAGUCGGUGAAAGGUCGUGAUCUAUGGGUGAUGGUGGUCUCGUCGUCGCCCUACGAGCACAUGAUCGGAAAGCCUGAUGUAAAGUAUAUUGCUAACAUACACGGAAACGAAGCUGUGGGACGCGAGUUAAUGCUGCAUCUCAUUCAUUCCCUCGUGACAUCGUACGGAUCAGAUGCAUAUAUUACGUGGUUAUUGGAUAACACAAGGAUUCAUAUUCUUCCGUCGAUGAAUCCUGAUGGCUUUGAAGUUUCUAAAGAAGGACGCUGCGAUGGUGGUCAAGGCAGGUAUAACGCACGUGGCUUCGACCUAAACCGCAACUUCCCGGACUACUUUAAGCAGAACAACAAAAAGAGCCAACCAGAGACCGAGGCUGUCAAGGAAUGGGUCUCCAAGAUUCAGUUCGUGCUCUCGGGUAGUUUGCACGGUGGUGCUUUGGUAGCCAGCUACCCCUUCGACAAUACCCCAAAUUCGCGAAUAUGUCGAUCAGCGCCACUAUGUGCAGUGUUUCAGAGUUUCACGUCGACGCCGAGUAUCUCGCCGGACGACGACGUGUUUCAACAUUUAUCGUUGACGUACUCUCGAAACCACGGAUCCAUGUAUCAGGGAUUACCAUGUUCCCCGUCCCAGCCCGCAUUUAAACGCGGAAUUACUAACGGCGCCGAGUGGUACCCGCUUACCGGCGGAAUGCAAGACUUUAACUACGUGUGGAACGGAUGUAUGGAAAUUACCUUGGAACUUUCUUGCUGCAAAUAUCCGCCGGCCUCGGAUCUGCCUCACUACUGGGAGGAAAAUCGAGCGUCUUUAAUCAAGUUCUUGGCAGAAGCUCACAGAGGCGUUCACGGUUUCGUUGUCGAUGAAAACGGCAAUCCCAUUGAAAGAGCGUCGGUUAAAGUGAAAUCACGAGAUGUCAGCUUUUCGACGACCAAAUACGGCGAAUUUUGGAGAAUUCUGCUACCUGGCGUUUACAAGUUAGAGGUAUUCUCGAAUGGAUAUAUACCUCGCGAGAUCGAAUUUGUGGUAAUCGAGCAGCAUCCGACGCUCCUUAAUGUUACGCUUUACUCGGCAAAGAGACAGUACAACGAGGAAAACGGAUCUGUUUUGUAUACCGGAAACACUGGCGGAAGGCCUUAUCCGCAUCGAGACCAUACGUUGCCCUAUCGACCACAAUCCGGAGUUAAUACCGCGGCCGAUGCCAAUAGCGGUAUCUUCUCGUCUAUCAGUAACGGAUUUAACACCUUUGUGACCAACCUUUUCGGAUAGUCUCGUGAAAUCUGCCGCGCGCGAAAGGAUGAAUAUGUUUAAUUAUUUAUUUCUUCUAUAUAUAAUAUAUUAUACUGUGUAUAAAAUAAGAUAAAGAGUUUAGUCUAUUCGUGGCUAUUCACGGAAAAGCCGCGGUAAAGUGCAGAUGCAUAAUCCGAUUAAUCGGCAAAAUACUGCCAAAAUACUAGCGCGAACUAUAUUGCACGUUUAAGUCUGAUAUAAUCUCUGCGUGUUACAAAAACUAACUUCAUUUAUGGAAACUUGUCGAACGUGUAUUGAAAAAAGGGUACUUUCUAUUGUAUUUAUAAAGGCAGAAACGCGCGACUAUAUAUUUUCACUUUAUUAUACAAUCAGCGGUACCUAAUAUAGGAAAUUUAGUGCUUCUGGUACCUACAGUAUCUAAGUAAGCGAACUUGUUGUGUAUAGAAAGAAUAAUAUCAAUAUAAUCACCGCAAUUAAUUCUCCAAUUUAGGUGAUAUAAAUUUGUUGUUCAUUAUUAGUUGUUGUCGCCGCUGUUUACAGCAAUGACGCUGAAAUACAAUUGUCAAGUAAAAAGAA